AGGCCUCUCACUCCACCUUUCCUAUCACCGCAGAAGCUCAGUCCUUGAAGGCAUCAUGUUCUGCUCAGCUCAGAAAGGGUCCUGCUCCUCCCGAGUCUCCUCCUCCGGGGCUGUGGGCAGCAGGGGGUGCACUGGGGGAAGUUCCUUUGGCGGUGGGAGCAGCUGUGGGCUAGGGGGAGGCUCUGCCUGGGGCUUCCAGGGGAGCAGCAACAGCUGGAGCCUGAGUGGGGGAUCUAAGGGUAGCAUGGGAGGGGGCUUCGGCAGCUGCUCAGUAAGGGGUGGAUUCGGAGCAGCCUCUAGCUACGGUGGAGGGUCGGGCUUUGGCGGGAGCUCUGGCUUUGGUGGGGGCUCUGGCUUUGGUGGGGGCUCUGGCUUUGGUGGGGGAUCUAGUGGAGGCUUCUCUAGCUAUGGAGGUAGUAUGGGGUGCGGUCUUGGUGGCGUCAGUGGCUAUGAUGGGGGCCUUCUCUCUGGAAGCGAAAAGCAAACUAUGCAAGACCUCAAUGACCGGCUAGCCAACUACCUAGACAAAGUCCGAGCCCUGGAGGAAGCCAACACGGAUCUGGAGUGUAAAAUCAAGGACUGGUAUGGCAAGCAUGGGUCUGUAAAAGGUGGGUCUGGAAGAGACUACAGCCAAUACUACUCAAUCAUCGAAGAUCUGAAGAAGCAGAUCCUUUCAGCCACUUGUGAAAACGCCAGAAUGACUCUGCAGAUUGACAACGCUAGGCUGGCUGCUGAUGACUUCAGAAUGAAGUAUGAGCAUGAACUCUGCCUUCGAGAGUGCUUGGAGGCCGACAUCAAUGGCCUGCGCAAAGUGCUGGACGAAAUGACCAUGACUCGCUGUGACCUGGAGAUGCAGAUUGAGGGUCUGACUGAGGAGCUGGUCUUCCUGAGGAAGAACCACGAGGAGGAAAUGAAGUGUAUGCAAGGAAGCUCUGGAGGGGAUGUGACAGUAGAAAUGAAUGCUGCCCCAGGAGUCGACCUGACCAAACUACUGAAUGACAUGAGGGCUCAGUAUGAGGCGAUGGCCGAGCAGAACCGCCAGGAAGCUGAGAGACAGUUCAACGAGCGGAGUGCAUCCCUGCAAGCCCAAAUCUCUUCAGAUGCAGGGGAAGCCAAUUGCGCCAGGAGUGAAGUAAUGGAAUUGAAGCGCACAGUGCAGACCCUGGAAAUUGAGCUUCAGUCUCAGCUGGCCCUGAAAUGCUCUCUGGAAGGGACCCUGGCUGACACAGAAGCUGGCUAUGUGGCUCAGCUGUCUGGAAUCCAGGCACAGAUUAGCAGCCUGGAGGAGCAGCUUAGCCAGAUCCGGGCUGAGACCCAGUGCCAGAGUGCUGAGUACGAAUGCCUGCUGAACAUCAAGACCCGCCUGGAGCAGGAGAUUGAGACCUACCGCCGCCUGCUCAACGGAGACGGGGGUGGAUGUGACUAUAGAAACUUAGUAUCCAAGAAUGUGGUAUUGAGUGACUCAGGAAGCUGUGCUGGCCAAGGAAAAGAUCCCAGCAAGACAAGGGUGACAAAGACCAUCAUAGAGGAGGUGGUGGAUGGUAGAGUUGUCUCGUCUCAAGUCAGCAACAUUUCUGAAGUGAAAAUAAAAUAAGCAGCUGCCAGAUCAGCAGGACAUCCAUCAAAAAAAAGAAAAAAGAACAGCGAGCCAGUGAAACACCCACACCAGACUGACCAUUGUGCCGGCUCACUCUCGGGAAACCUGCUACCCAAAAUUAGCUGACCUGCCCAUUUUCUGCUUCCUCUUAUUUUUCUUAUUAGAACGUUCUCUUUAAAGUAGUAAGGAGAAAUUGGCUCUGACUGUUUCUGUAGCUCAAUAAAUGUACUUUUGCAAGCUAGCAAAGCCA